AUGGAGGGAGGGGACUUCCACAAGAGCGGCUCGCCAGAGGAUACCGGCGGGUCAAGGCGGGCGCCGGCAUACUACGAGUGCAGUUUCUGCAAGAGGGGGUUCACCAACGCGCAGGCGCUCGGCGGGCACAUGAACAUCCACCGCAAGGACCGCGGUGGCAGCGGAGGCAAGUCUCGUGGGGCUGCGCCGCCGGCUGCCGGCCAGCAAGACGGUGCCGGUGGGAAUCAGGCUCACUUGGGGCUUACCUUGGGAAGGGAUGGGGACAGCAGGGAGGACGUGGACUUGGAGCUCCGGCUUGGCCACUACCCUUACAACUAG